AUGAAGCUGCGGAUUCUCCCGCUCCUCGCCGCCUUCAUGGUGGGAGUGUUGAGUCACUAUGUGCAGGUUUCUUCCAUUCAAAUUAAAGUUAAACCUCUAAAUACUUCUCAGCAACCUUUUGUCAAGCAAAAUAACCUUAGAAGAUUGGAAAAUUCGACGGAUCAGCAGCACACCGCUCGGGUGUCUAAGCAGCUCCAACAGCUUUCCCUCACCGCAACCUCCCACGCAGUUCUAAACGCUCCAGAUCAAAAACAAGGGGAAAGUCUUCUUCAGCUUUUCGGAAAUAGUAGUCUGAGAAAGUACAAGAAAAGAUACAAAAAACUGAAGAAGAAAUACAAGAAAUUGUACUCUAGUUCAGAGUUCGACAUGUUUAAAUAUAAAACGAUGAUUCCAGCACUUGAACGGGUGCAGAAGCUGCGUCAGCUGCAGAAGCUACAGGAGCUGCAGGAGAUGCAGAUGCUGCAGCAGCAGCUGCGUCAGCUGCAGCAGCUGCGUCAGCUGCAGAAGCUGCAGCAGCUGCAAAAGCUACAGCACCUGCAGAAGCAGCAGAAGCUGCAGCAGCAGCAGCAGCUGCGUCAGCUGCAAAAGCUGUAG